AUGACACAAGCUAGAGUUAUCUGGGAAUCUGCACUAUAUUGUAGAAAAAUGAAUAAUCCUGAAGGCAAACCUGUAGGACAUAUUCUUGAUGAACAGUUGACAUGGCAGGGCCUGUUAUCCCAAGGUAAACCUCUGAACAUCCCUUGCAAAGCUUUCUUUGGAUUCAGUGGGGAGUCUGGACCAAUGAUCUACUGGAUGAAAGGCGAGAAAUUUAUUGAAGAAUUGGCAGGUCACAUUAGAGAAGGUGAAAUAAGGCUCCUCAAAGAACAUCUUGGAGAAAAAGAAGUUGAAUUGACCCUUAUCUUUGACUCAGUGGUAGAAGCUGACUUGGCUAAUUACACUUGCCACGUGGAAAACAGAAACGGACGGAAACAUGCCAGUGUUUUACUGCGGAAAAAGGAUUUAAUCUACAAAAUUGAGCUUGCAGGGGGUCUGGGAGCAAUCUUUCUGCUGCUUAUACUGCUGCUGGUGGUCUACAAGUGCUACAACAUAGAACUGAUGCUUUUCUACCGACAGCGUUUUGGAGGUGAUGAAACUACUGAUGACAACAAGGAAUAUGAUGCAUAUCUCUCUUACACAAAAGUGGAUCAAGAUACUUUGGACUGUGACAAUACUGAGGAAGAGCAGUUUGCUCUUGAAAUACUGCCAGAUGUGCUAGAAAAACACUAUGGAUAUAAACUCUUCAUCCCAGAAAGGGAUCUGAUUCCAAGUGGAACAUAUAUUGAAGAUCUCACAAGAUGUGUUGAGCAAAGCAGAAGACUUAUUAUCGUGCUAACUCCGGACUAUAUUCUCAGACGGGGAUGGAGUAUUUUCGAGCUGGAAAGCAGACUCCAUAACAUGCUAGUCAGUGGAGAAAUCAAAGUGAUUUUGAUUGAGUGUACAGAAUUAAAAGGGAAGGUGAAUUGCCAGGAAGUGGAAUCACUAAAGCACAACAUCAAACUUCUGUCACUGAUCAAGUGGAAGGGACCCAAAAGCAGCAAGUUAAAUUCUAAGUUUUGGAAGCACUUAGUGUAUGAAAUGCCCAUCAAGAAAAAAGAAAUGCUAUCCCACUGCCAUGUUCUAGACUCUGCAGAACAGGGGCUUUUUGGAGAGCUUCAGCCUAUACCAUCCAUUGCCAUGACAAGUACCUCAGCCACAAUGGUGCCAUCACAAGCUGAUCUCCCUGAGUUCCACCAUUCGGAUUCAAUGCAAAUGAGGCACUGUUGCAGAGGAUACAAACAUGAGAUGCCAGCCAACACCCUGUCAGUACCCUCCUUAGGCAACCACCACACUUACUGUAACUUGCCACUAACACUACUCAAUGGACAGCUACCCCUGAAUAAUUCCUUAAAAGAGACUGAGGAACUUUCAAGGAACAAUCCCUUACUACCAUUAUCAUCCAAAGAGCUUAGCUUCACAAGUGAUAUUUGGUAGCAGAAAAAAAAAACAAAACCCUCAAUUCCUCGGAACAACUAUAUGAGAAUAUGAAAUCUCUGCUACACUGAGAAUAAAUUACUCCUAAAAACAUUAAGGUGCUGAAACUGUGAAGAAAAAGGCACAACAACCAUGUUUGUACUUAAAUAUUUUAUUUACCUUUAUAGAAUAGUAAGGGAAUAAAAGGUCUUGCUUUUGUAGUGUGGCACCUUGUCACAAUGUACAGAUUUGAUUUUUCCUGGAAAAAAAUUGAAUUGUGUCUUUUUCAAGCAGGUUUUAUGGCACCAUAUGAUCUGCCCAUAUUUAGGAGUUUGGAAUUUAAACAAUAUUUUUCAUAAAA